CUGAACAGACAGGACAGAGCCAGCGCAGCGCAAGCGAAGUAUUUGGAAGUAUUUCAUUAUUUUCGUAUUCUGCAAAAGUGUAAAUCAGAAAAAAGGGGUUUGUGUGUUAUAUCACCAAGUUUUUGUAUAUAAAAUGGCGGAUUCAAGUAACAAGGAGUCAUCAGUGACUAAAGUUCCAAUGAUUUAUGUUUGUGGAGAAUGCCAUCGGGAGAAUGAAAUAAAACCAAGAGACCCAAUAAGAUGCAGAGAGUGUGGUUACAGGAUAAUGUACAAGAAACGAACAAAAAGAUUGGUUGUCUUUGAUGCUCGCUGAGGAAAAAUGAAGAAUCUAUUAAUUAUAUCUAAAUAUUGUAAUGUACCUAAUAUGUUUUAAGAUAAAUAAUAAGGUUGUGUAAAUUGA